CACCACUACCACCAUGGACUGCGUCCCUUUGCACGUGCAGAGGAUAUACCUGAGUCUAUCAAAUCAGUGUCCGUAUCAUCAAAAGGUCCUACAGGCUCUCCGGAGGGGCCAAAGCAAUCAAGGACGUCCCCGUCAGCGAGUAUCAGGACGCAUUAGACUAUCUGCGACGACUCCCCAUCGUCCAAGUGGACGUCUGCUUGGCCGCACUACGGAGUUUCGCAUAAGGGCUCGAUGGGGGAGGGAUCCGAAAUGGCACGGAUUCAAGAGGUCGUUGGGUGUUGGUGGGAAGCGGGUACUUGAAGCAGGCAGUCCAGUUCACCAUGUCCGGACUGUACAAGAUAGCCAAAGAGAACAAGCUCAAGGACUAGAAGGGCAAGUUGAGACUACCCUAUUCGGAGACUGGGUAGCCGACAGGGAUAUGAACGUGAAGGUUGACUACGCGAUCCAUUGUGAAGAUAGUCGUGACGCGGCAGAAAUAUUUGCCUUGUGUACUCUGCCAGAAGUUGUAGCAGAUGCACCCCCCGCCGAGGUGGACGCGGUCCACGGGUCUUCUCAGCAACGAAAAGUCAAGAUGUAUGUGCUGAGACGAUCGAGUCCGGACAAUCGCUCGCCAGCUGAGGAAACCGUCUCGGCAAAAUUGGGAGAAAUGAUCAUGCGCAUCGCGGAAAGCAGAUACUUUCCUGUCUAA